UUCACGUUUAUUUUAUUUUUAUCAACACACUUUUCAAGCGAAAUUUGAUUUUUCACUAGCGAAUAGCAACGAAAGUCGAAAUUAAAAGGUGCAAAGUGACAAAGAAUGACAUUGUAAUUGUAACAAUUUGCAUAUAUUUCUAUUUAUAACUGCAAAAACAACACUAUAUUUAUGCAGUCCGACAGUGAGGAGGGCUUACUGCAUUCAUGCUUUGGCUCAUUGAAAAACGCAGUCAUGGGUUGCUGCUACGGAAUAUGCCAAAAAGAAACAAAUCCCCAGGAUAAUGCUAUAAAUGAAAGAACACAUCUACUAGAAGUGGCAGAACAGCAGCAAGAAACUCCAUCGGUGAACACAUGCGCUUCCACUCCACCAAGGAAGCCUGAUGAACAGAGUGCACUUAGUAGAAUAUUACAUGAGACUGCAACUAAUGUGAUUGAUGUGGGAGCACUGGGGCCAUAUUCUUUGGAAGCUAGUGCGUACAGCGAGAGAGUGAGAACAUACACCACCAGAGCAGCCGGGGCGGCGCUCCCGCCCGCGCCACGCGUCAGACUGCUGACAGAUCUCCCACCAGCUAUUAGAAGGUCUAUGCUUGCUGCUCCGGCAUUGUCCGCUGCUGACAAAGAACUGAUAACAAAUGCAGUGAAGAAAGCCGCAGCGGCCAUAUCUGAGUUGCAUGUGGAACAUCACGAGGACCUAGUGGUUCCGUUCAGGGUGCCAUAUUUAAACUAUCUGGCAGGGUCGCGCUUGUAUAUGGGUCUGUCCACAUCUCCAUGUCAGGACGUCGUCAACGUGGAACGAUUAUUUUAUAUUUUUAGUUACAUCUACAGUAUUAAAAUGUCUCUGUUUGAUGGAGAAAUGGAAUUGAAGUCUGUUUACAUGGCUGAUUACGAUAAGAAGAAUAAACCCAAGAGUCCCCGACGCAAGAUGGCAGACGACGGCUGCCUCAUCAUCGGGUUGAGCCGCGACGCACUGAAGGUGCGCGACACUGGGCGCGGGUGCUACGACGUGCUGUGUCCUGCUGACUUGGAGUACUACAAGACCGCUGUGCAACGGUUCUCUGAGGACCAUCCCAAAGUGACCAAUAUGCACAUGUCGAAGGACAUUGACCCCACCCCCGUGGACAACGAGAUCCAGGACUUGAAGCGUACUGAGUAUUUAAAUAAAUACUGUUCCAGAGAUCUGCCGUUUAUGUCUGUUAAUCUGGCACGUCGCGCCAAAGCACUCCAGACUCUACACCUGCCUGACGACACAUUCGUGCCGAAUACCAGCAACCUAGCAUCCUACCGCUCACCACCACCGGACAAAUACAAGGAGCCUCCAUCAGUAUGGUCUAUGAAACCGAAGUUAGAUCCGUCUUUGCAAAAGGAACUUCGUCGUAUUCUCCGCGUGAACACUGGAGAGUCCACGUACAUGAUAAGCCAUGGUCUGCUCGGUAAGGUGGUCCUGGACAAGAACCCAUACGGCCCGCCCCGCGAGGAACCCACUUACGGACGCUGGAGGAACCCCCAUCAAUAUACUUACUGGGUUUAGAUGUUUGUUAUUCUGAUUUAAAUAAAAUUAUUGUUGUUUGUGAA